AUGGGAGAAGAAGAACACCACGGCGAUGAAAACAUUUAUGCAGCUAUCAAGGAGGAACAGUCGAGAACCUUAAUGUCCUGCAACUCAGCCCAAGAGAUGUGGACUAGGCUUGAGACCGAAUAUAUAGAAGCCGCUGUUGACAGUGCACCUAUGUUGUGGAGCAAGUUCUAUGGCAGUAAAUUCCAACCAGGUCAAAGUGUGAUGGGAUUCAUCACGGAAGUGGAGCAGGUAGUCUCUCGACUAAGAGGUAUCAACAUUGUCAUUGAAGAUGACCAAAUCAUAGCCAAGAUCCUUAUGUCACUUCCAUCGAGUCUGAAGUUGAGCUUUGGAGUGGCAUGGGAUAGUGCCCCUGCUGCAGAGAAGACGCUCAAGAAAUUAACUACCCGCCUUGUAAGAUUGGAAAAGAGUAUGAAGCAGCAAAGUGAAGAGGAAAGAGAAGGAACAUCUGAUGCGGCCUUCUUUAGCAACAACAAUGCCUGCCCAGCAAUAGAAGAACAGGCUCAGGGUCACCGACAGGAUAAUCAAGGAGGAAACCCUGGAAAGGAAAAGAAAAGGGAAUGCUGGGAAUUUGGCGAGUCCAAUCACAUUCGAGCCAAAUGCCGAGCCUACAAGCGCCGCCUGGAAGACGAACAAGAAGAACGGGAACGUAAGCGGAGAAGAUAUGAUGAGAGGGAUCGGAGAGAUGACAAAGGACCAUGGAGGACCGAUAACAAGGACCGGAGGCAUGAUGACAGAGAUAGAAAGAAAGAUAGCAGAAACCGGCGUGAAGACAACAAAGAUCGUAGGGGAUUCAGCUACAAAUCAUCGACGAGCAAUAAUGCUAAUAAACCAACAGAGUGGUACGCAGACAGUGGAGCUACCCAGCACAUGUCAGACAACAGAUCACUCCUCGCCAAUUUCGUACCUGUUGGAGCAGACAAAUGGACUGUGUGCGGAAUAGGAGAAGCAAGGCUCGCUGUCGCAGGGCAAGGAGACGUCAAAGUAACCGCCACUGUAAAUGGAAAGACACUCUUUGGAACGAUGAGGGGAGUACUUUAUGUCCCCGGUUUAGGCAUCAACCUAUACUCAAUUUGUCAUGCUACUGCUGCGUGUCUUGAUGUGUUCUUCACCAACAACACUGUCUCCCUCUCAAGGGAUGGAGUCGUCAUUAUGGAGGGAAGGCGAUCUGAGGAGAAGGCACUUUAUCGCUUGGAUAUAGAAGCCGAAGAACAUAACCCCAAAACUGAAAGAGCACUAAAUGCCACUCAAGUCGAGCCCUUGUCUCUCUGGCACCAACGCUUCGGCCACGUGAACUUUAAGACACUCCUUAAGAUGGCAUCGAUUGAAACGCAACAGGUCUGGCACUCUUCAAUGAUCAACCCCACUCAGCUACCCACUGCCGUGGGUGCCUCCUAG